AAUUAAAUUUAAGACAUCAUCGUGUUUGUUAUUUAAGAAAUAGAGUUGAAAGAGGUACAGGUGUACAUAGUAAUACAAUUGAAUCUACUUGGGGUAUUAUUAAAAAAUUUAUUUCAGUUAUUAUCAGUCAGGUAGUAGCUAAUUGUGGGGUAUAA